UUUUUAAAAAUCAUUAAUGGCGAAGGAUAGAAAUUCCCAUUUUCAUGUUUAAAACGAAAGUAAAAAUAUUGAAAGAUUGCCACACUUUUGUUAGGUUAUUAUUGUGUAGCAGAGGUCGCUCAAAAUGAUAGGUAUAAUGAGAGAUCACGGAAGUACCAUAAUUGGAACGUUACAACGAUUGCCGUUACUGUUCUUGAUGGAUGCUCUUCUAAGAAUGGAUGCAACUCAAAUGAUAUUGACAUCCGUUUUAUACAUGUCGAUUUGGUUUCUACGUGGGCGUAACUACGGAGUUAAUACCUCGGACCUCUUAAAGCCUGCCUUUGUCUUGGUUAUCCUAUUUGCAAUCCAGUCAUUUCACAGUGAUGUAAACUUUCAUGGUAUGAUCAUCAUGAUGAUGUGUUUUGAAAUUUUUCUUGUUGCUGGUACUGUUCUAGAAGAAGUACACAAGAUCGUUGAUUCGUUUUUGAUAGAACUUGGAGUAUCGGGAGGCGGCAUUAUAAAGACAUGCAAAGCGGUAACAAUUAUCAUUGUAUUAAUAAUAUGCCCAAUUUGGGUGGUUAUGAAAUUUUAUGAAAUUGGAUUUGAUUUAGGGAUACUAUGGUUUCUUGUAGCUUCUGCAUCCUGGAUAUCAGUGUGCAUUGAGUCAGUAGGGUCCCUGUCAGUUUACCUCUUGUUGGUAAUAGAUAGCUUUAAAUCAGAACCAAUUGAAAAGUUGGAUGAAAUAAUGUAUGGCGUCCGUGCGGCAAUCGGAAUAGUGCAUAUAGGGUUUGGACUUCUUCAAAUAUGCUUUCUUACGUGGAAUAUAACCACGAUUCAAUGGAGCUGGUUUAGUUGUAUUAUAUUAGCUAUUCUGGUUUACAUUAGUUAUGAGCGAGUAACCAACGGAUGGAACGAAUUUCAAAGGCGUCGAACUGCAGUUUACAGACUUGCAUUCCUGCCAAAUGCAACACAAGAACAGUUACAUCUUUUCAACGAUGCUUGUGCCAUCUGCCUUCGCAAUAUGACGUCUGCUAUGAUUACGCCGUGUAAUCACUACUUCCACGAAUCAUGUUUACAAAAAUGGUCAUACUUAAAAGAAACCUGUCCAAUGUGCAAUGCAAUAAUUAAUACUAAUUGUUUAGUUAAAAAGGUUGUUUAGAACUUUGUAAAAUGUGCAAAGACAAAUCAUGCAAGUGCAUGUGGACACUUGAAGGGAAACAAUGAAUUUAUAACUUGAAAACAGUUUGUUUUAUAUAAUGUAAAUGUACCAUUACAUUUAAGAUGACAUCACAUUAGUUUUACCAAUACACAAUGAUUUAUAGCUUGACAAUGACAAGAUAAGAAAGAUGUCUGUUUGUUGAAAAUUUACACACUACGACACUUUUCAUAACGUCACAUAUAAAUGUUUUUGUUUUCUUUUGAAUGUUCGCGAAUAUGUAUGAAAACCGGUAUAUUUUUUUUGCUUUUUAGGCUGGAAACAUAUAUCGCGUAUGCAUAUAGAUAUAGGAAGAUAUGGUGUGAGUGCCAUACAUGUUUUGUCACCAAAUGUGUUAUGACGUUUUACCUAUCUGUUUUAAAUAUCUGGUUUGUCGAGACCUCCGAUAUGUGUUUUCUUAGUUUAAAUUAAGUUGAAUUUAAAAUCUCAAUUUACAAAAUCUUACUUUAACCUUUAGUUGUGUAAUUAUUUACGCUUUAUAAGAAUAGUAAUUGGAAUAAGUUCAACACGAAUCAGUGGAUUUAAUAAAUUAGAUGUUAGAAACGAGAAGUCUUAUGUACAGUAGUUGUCGUUUGUUUAUGUAAUUUAUACGUCUUUCUCGUUUCUCGUUUUUUUUAUAUAGAUUAGACCGUUGUUUUCCCGUGAUUGGUUUUACACUACUAAUGUUGGGGCCCUUUAUAGUUUGUUGUUCGAUGUGAGCCCAGGUUCCGUGCUGAAGGCCGUACAUUGACCUAUAAUUGUUUUUUUUUAAUUGAUAUUGGCACUCACACCGCAUCUUUCUUCAUCUAUGAACAACAAUAAUAUAAAGACAAAAUACAAACGUUUACCAAGGUAAAAAGCCUUUUAUCAAUUUGACAUACUCAACAAGGUAGAAUCUACCAUAUAAAACAAAAUCGAACUACCUGUUGGUGUUUGCAACAAAAAAGUAUACAUUUAUAGCGUCAUAUCGAUUUGUUGCAAAUCAGAUAUUCAUUUUAUUAUGUCAUUUUGUAUAUAUUAUUAUUAUUAACUUUUUGUAACA